UGACUUUCCCCUCCCACGCGCCGGGAGUCCUUUAAAUGCUCGCGCUGCGCUUUAAAUAGCAGGUGUGAGAAACUGUGUCCCUGCAUUCACACCCCUCAGACACCACCAUCAUCAUCAUCAUCGCCAUCACCGACGCAAUGUCCACCGCCAGCGCUGAGACGACCGCACAGCUGCCCCCGGCCGCGGGAAGAGUGUUCUUUCAGCCCGGCGUGGGUUGCGCCGGUUCCGGACCGAUGCAAAGGGAUGACCCGGUGCAGAAAAAGCAGGGCAAAGUGACGGUGAAGUACGACAGAAAGGAGCUGCGGAAGAGACUCAUUCUGGAGGAAUGGAUCAUUGAACAGCUGAGCGAACUUUACGACUGUGAGGAAGAGGAAAUGCCAGAAGUGGAGAUAGACAUUGAUGAUCUCCUGGAGGUGAACAGUGAAGAUGAGAGAGCCGUAAAACUACAGGAAUCGCUGUCAGACUGCUACAAGCCCACUGAUGACUUUGUGCGUGAGCUCCUCGGCAGGAUAAGAGGAAUGAGAAAACUCAGCGCUCCGCAGAAGAAAAGCUUUUAGGUGCUCAAAAAUGCCAACGACAAUCCAGCUACCUGGACUACAGGUCCCACAAUCCAUCACUCAGCCUAGAGUCAACACACAGCCCCUCAAGGACUCCAUAUCCCAGGAUUCCUUUCUGGCCCAGAGUUCAUUAUCCCAAUUUUGUUCAGUACACCCAAGUUGAGCGAUCCAUUUCACGUAGAUCUCACAAUAAAUCCAAGAGUGCAAAGUUCAUCCGGGACACAAUCUCAGCAGCCGAUCGGGACAGCCCGAUGUUCCUGCCCUCAAAAUCUCAAUGGGUCUUACAGGGCAAACACAAUAUUACACUGUUUGGUGCAGUAUUACAGCUAUUUGUGUGAAACCACGAAGCUAUUUUAUAUAGCGUAUUAAUUAUAUUUUAUAGUGUUUUUCUUUUAAGCAAUGUUGUUAAAAGUCACAACCAUUUUUUUCUUAAUUAACAGACUUUUUAACACCUGUUGGCCUUUCCUGCUGAUUUUUGUUUUUGUCCAAUCACUGUCCUGAGUGAUGGCCAAUAUUCACCAAUAUCUGUUCAGUUAAAUUGGCCUUCAUAGUCAUUUUGUUAUAUUAAGUCUUGUAUACUGAAAAAUGUAUCAAAAUUAAGUGAAUUUAUGCUUGAAGCAAGAACAAAUAUCCUAACUUAAUUCAAAGGGAAAACUUUUUCUGACCUCACUGGCAGAUAUUUUUUCUCGUUUUAAGCAUAAACUCACUUAAUUUUGACAUUUUUUUCAGAAAACAAGACUUUAUAUCUCAAGUAAUUUUGCUUCUCAAGUAAAUGUAUCUUGAUUUAAGAAUGUUUAGAUAUUGUGCUGGAAAACAAGACAAAAAUCAUGAACUAACUGAUUCAGUUUUAAGUCAGAAAAUUGGCCAGAAUACAUAUCAGUCUGUCAUAUUACCUUCAUAAUUGUUUUUUGAUAAUGAUAAUCUUUCAAGAAUGUUUUUUUUGACAGGUCUGUGGCUAAAAUAACUACUUUCGUAAAGUGUGUAUGAUUGCGGUAUGUGAAAAGUUCAAAGAUUUUGGGUAGGAUGUGCUGCCAGAAAGUAAAGAAAUAAGGCUAUAUUCGGAGUUAAAUACUAUUUAUUAUGCGGUAUACACACUGAAUACCCUGUAAAUGGAGGGUCGAGUGCAUUGCAUUGACCUAUACACUGCAUAUUUUGGCAAAUGCAUUCAUGCAAUGUAGCAUACUGCUGAAUUAGUAGCUGAGCAUAGCAUUCUAGUAUGCUAUUACGAACAUAGCCUGAGAUUUGAAUGCUUAUAAAAGACAACAAGGGCUGCAUGACAGUAGAUCUUAUCAAAAGACUUACUGUGAUGAUGGUUAGUGUUCAUCUAAAGAUCGAGUCUAAUGAUAGCUGGACGGGGUAUCUAGUUCGACUCAAGCCAUUACUGAAAUCACAUAAAUCUAGGCUUUAUCCUCAUACGGUUUCACAUGGAGGCUGCCAAAGAAUAUACAGUAAAAUGGCGGAAUACUAGCGUAUUAUAAAGUGCUAUGGGUGUAAAUUGAUACAUGUAUAUUCGCUAUAAAGAACAUUUAAUCUUCAUGUCGAUCGGUGUCAUACUCAUGGGUCAAAAUCUGUGUUUGAUGGUUGUAUAACAAGGAAUCCAGGGGAAAAACUAUGGUGCUGUUUAAACUUUUAACCCUCUACAGCGUGGAUGGAUGAUCCGUUUUGCAGGCCGAGAGAGAAAGGGCAAAAAUAAAUAGAGAUUCGCUCUUGUUCUAAUACUCUGGAAGACUCUUCUAUUUUUAUGAUAUCGCAGUUUCUGUCGGCCUGCAUCUAGUAUCAUUGUGGAUUUUAAAGAGUUUGUGUGUUUUCAAGUAUGCUUUGGCCCUUCUCUCUGAGAAGAACAUUCAGGGUUUAGGCUGAUCUCUUUAUUUUAGUUUAUCAAGUUUCGUUCUAAAAUGUAUUUGAGUGUGCGGAAGCUUUAUUUAUGCAUGUUUUAUUGGCAUGAUAGGAACAUUUUGGAUUGCUUAUUAAAGCGAUGAUUUGUCUUUUUAUACAUUAUUACAAGUAUUACUCUUUAAAUAUAUUAAAUUCACUUUUUAUUCAUUUUUAAUGACUGUAUAUCUGCGUUUUGGGUGUUUUUAAUUGUUUUUCGUUUUUUAAAUAUAUGUAAAGUGUGGUCUUCUGUGCUGUUCUACUUACAAUAAAGGCAAAAUGUCUGAACUGUUAUAAUACA